AUGGAGACCGCCGUCUCCAUCAUCAACAGCGAUCUCUCCCGUGCCAAAGUGACAUUUUCAGUAUGUCAUAUAACAUCGUUGCAAACAAAAAGAGGUCAGCAACAGAUACCGCUUGAAUCGAUCACCUAUCAUCCAGAUUCAGUCUCCAUGGUCUAUACAAAGAUGUACCAGAAGCUUGAAUCCCUAUCUUCAGUGGAAUCGGAGACCGCCGUCUCCCAUCAUCAACCAGCGAUCCUCCCUGCCAAAGUGACAUUUUCAAUGGUCAAUAACAUCGUGCCAAACACAAAAGAGCCAACAGCAACCGCUGAUAUCGACACCCUAUCACCAGAUCAGCCCAUGGCUCAGUUGAACAAAGAUGUACCAGAACUUGGUUCCAAUGACAUAGUUGUCAGUUUUAGUGAAUGUUCCAUUGAAUCCCUAUCUUCAGUGGAAUCGGAAACCGCCGUCUCCCAUCAUCAACCAGAGAUCCUCCCUGCCAAAGUGACACCUUCAAUGGUCAAUAACAUCGUGCCAUACCCAGAAGAGCCAACAGUCACCGCUGAGUUUGACACCCCAUCACCAGAUCAGCCCAUGGCUCAGUUGAACCAACCUUCACCAGCAUUUUGUUCCAAUGACAAAGUUGUCACCUUUAAUGAAUCUUCUACUGAAUCCCCAUCUUCAGUGGAAUUGGAGACCGCCGUCUCCCAUCAUCAACCAGCGAUCCUCCCUGCCAAAGUGACAUCUUCAAUGGUCAAUAACAUCGUGCCAUACCCAGAAGAGCCAACAGCCACCGCUGAGUUUGACACCCCAUCACCAGAUCAGCCCAUGGCUCAGUUGAACCAACUUUCACCAGCAUUUUGUUCCAAUGACAAAGUUGUCACCUUUAAUGAAUCUUCUACUGAAUCCCCAUCUUCAGUGGAAUCGGAGACCGCCGUCUCCCAUCAUCAACCAGAGAUCCUCCCUGCCAAAGUGACAUCUUCAAUGGUCAGUAACAUCGUGCCAAACACAAAAGAGCCAACAGCCACCGCUAAAUUCGAGACCCUAUCGCCAAUUCGGCCAAUUGAUCAGAUUGAGAAUGAUUCUACAAAUCUUGUUUCAGAUGAUAUUGGUUUUAGAUCAAAAAGAGAAUGCGAGAGAAUGAAGUCAACUAAGGAAGACAUUGCUGUUUGUAGUAAUGAGAUAGAAUCAUCAAACAUUGGCAGUGCUGUUAAAGGUCGUGAAAAGUCACAACAGGGCAGUUUGUUAAUUAAAGUUGAAAACAUCUCAACUCUUUCUGAAUUUGAGGAGCUCAGGAUCUAUUGCACCAAGGCAAAAGAGAAACUUAAAAAUCUUGACGCCAUGGAACAGAGUUGUAAGGACUUGGAAGAUGAGCUGAGCCGACUUAGGUUGUGCAUAAGACUAGCAAAUAAGCAGAGAAUAAAGAAAGAGAGAGUAAUGAUCGAAAACAAAGUCUUUGCUGCAAAGAAUGAAGAAUUGUCCCAAAAAAUUGUUUAUCUGAAUCAACUGCUCGAAACGUUAGUCUCAUACAGGGAAAGAGACAAGGGGUAUAUUUUUCGUCUGGAGGUUGAAUGCGAACGAAUAAGGGAAGAAAUGGAAAGGCACAAUGAAGAUAGGAUGAAAGCAUUAAAGUUGGUUGAGAGUAAAAAAUCUCAAGAUGCAAAUGAUAUUCUGGCCAAAAUUGAAUCGAAUUCUAUGAAAGAGAAACUUUUGCAAGCUAAUUCAAUCUGUGAAGAUCCAAAGUUAAAUCUAGAAUUAGUUGCUAAGAAGGCCAAUGAAUGGUCUGAGGUUGAAGAUCUUGUGAGGUCAAAAUCUUCUGAGUGGAGCCCUUUGAAGGAAGAUCUUAGACAAAAUGGAAUAGGCUCAGACCAAUGCAGUUCAGAAGUUGGCUCACAGGCAGUAAAUGUGAAAGAUUUCAUCGGCAUUUUGCUUAAGGAGCAGCAGCGUGCUAAGAAAAUUAUUGCAGAGCAAAACAUUCAAUACAACGAGCUGAAAACCAGACACGAUGCUGUGUUGGCAAAGAACAACGAACUGCAAAGCGACGUAUCUAGAUUAGCGUUCACUGAACGGGAGACCUCUGACCUUAAAAAAAGGCUUCAGAAGCUAUCUAGUGAGCGUGGCAUCGUGAGAAAGAAUCUGGACUGGCAAGUAGAGAAGGAAAGUGAGAUCGAACUGCUGAGUGAAAGAAACAGCACUUUGAUGGCAGAGAACGAGAGACUUCGCUCACAUGCUGAUCAACUUGUGCAAGAGAAAAGUGAAUGUGAAGUGGUGCUUGGUCUUCUUGAAAAAGAAAAUGAAGGUCUGCUAGAAAAAGCAAUCAAGCUUGAUGAUUUAGAAUUGCACCAGAAUAGACGACAAGAUGAUGUAAAAGGGUUACAGGAGGAGACUUUAUUUUUGGGAGAAAUCAUCAGAGAGAAAGAUGCAGAGAAGAUGAAGCUAGCAGAAGACGUUCUUGAGUUACAAGAAAAGCUAGAAAACGAAGAGUUCAAAUACUUAGAGGCACACGAAGAGAAUGAGUGUUUGAAGUCAGAGAUAUCUGAUUACAAAAUCAGAUUUGAUCAGCUCAAAAGUGAUUAUAAAAUGAACCAAGAAGUGGUCAUAGAGCAACGUAGCACAAUUUCCUCUUUGAAUCUACGGAAGGCAGACCUUGCAAUAGAAAUUGACCAUUUAAAAUCUCAACUCGGAAGCCUAAGAAAAAUUAAAGAAGAAAACGAGGCACUUAACAGUGAAGUUCGAAGCACAAAAAAGGAUUUAAGACAAAUGGAGAGCCAGUAUAAUUUUGCUAAGUUCGAAGUCGAUAGUUUCAGAAAAAAGAAUGGAGAAAUGUUUGCUGACUUUAAUUCAGCUGCUGAGGUGUUUUCUAUGGAGAAGAAAGAGUUGCUUCAGAAAUGCAUCAGUUUAGAAAAAGUAUUGGCAAAGGAAAGGUUGGAAUAUGAAGCUAGCUUAAACGAGGCUGAAGGAGAGAAGGAGGCCCUCAAGUCAGAGCUUGGCAUGAUCGAUGGCUGUCAUAAAUUUAAUGUAGAGGCAAUGUUCAAGCUUCGUGACGAGCUGGCUGAAUGCAAGAAAAAUCUAGCGGUUUAUGAAGUGAACGAUAACAGACCAAGAGAUGAACCGAGAUGGAAAAUUUUAGAAAACAAUAGAUACGAGGCAAAGCUGAAGAAGUGCUUUUGUCAAAUAACACAAUUAGGAUACGAGAUAGAGAGAAGAGGAAAAGGCAAGUGUUUUUAACUCUCAACAUGUUAAACAUUAGUUUUAAUUUGAAUCUUCUAUAAAGAAACUUCUAUGAAUAAGAAGUCUAUGUGAAAUAAGGUCAAUUAUGAUACAAAGCUUAACAUAUAUUUCAUUUUCUUUGUAGUUAUCAAAGAUAAUGAAGUGGACUUCAAGGUAAGAGUUGCUACUUGCACUAAAAAAUUUUGCAGGCAUAUUAUUUUGUGGAAGAAAAGUUUUCCAUGUUUUUUUC